CCUUAUAAAAGCAGACUGAGGUGAAGUCCUCCUCAUCCUCUUCGUCUUCACUCUGAAGGACCUGGACCUCUACAGACAGCACAAACAUAUUCAGUCAUGCCGAAGGAGAAACUUCACAUCAACAUUGUGGUGAUCGGCCACGUGGAUUCUGGGAAAUCGACCACGACAGGUCACCUGAUCUACAAGCUGGGCGGAAUCGACAAGAGAGCCAUCGAGAAGUUUGAGAAGGAGGCGCAGGAGAUGGGGAAGGGCUCCUUUAAGUACGCCUGGGUGAUGGACAAGCUGAAGUCAGAGCGCGAGCGCGGCAUCACCAUCGACAUCGCGCUCUGGAAGUUUCAGACGGAGAAGUACUACUGCACGGUGAUCGACGCGCCAGGACACCGCGACUUCAUCAAGAACAUGAUCACAGGCACCUCCCAGGCGGACUGUGCCGUGCUGAUCGUGGCGUCAGGAACCGGUGAGUUUGAGGCGGGAAUCUGUAAGAACGGUCAGACACGUGAGCACGCGCUGCUGGCGUACACGCUGGGUGUCAAACAGCUGAUCGUUGGCGUCAACAAGAUGGACACCGUGGACUUCAGCGAGGCUCGCUACAACGAGAUCACGAAGGAGGUCAGCGCUUACGUCAAGAAGGUCGGAUACAACCCAAAGGCCGUGGCCUUCGUACCCAUCAGCGGUUUCCAUGGAGACAACAUGAUCGAACCCACAGAGAGAAUGUCGUGGUACAAAGGCUGGACGAUCGAGAGGAAGGAGGGCAACGCGUCAGGAAAGACUCUGCUCAACGCUCUGGACAGCAUCCUCCCACCGCAGCGACCGGUGAACCUUCCUCUGAGGAUCCCUCUGCAGGACGUCUACAAGAUCGGAGGUAUCGGGACGGUGCCGGUGGGUCGGGUGGAGACCGGCAUCCUGAAGCCCGGCAUGGUGGUAACCUUCGCCCCCCAGAAUCUGAGCGCAGAGGUGAAAUCUGUGGAGAUGCACCAUGAGUCGCUGCCAGAAGCUCUACCCGGCGACAACGUCGGCUUCAACGUCAAAAAUAUCUCCAUCAAAGACAUCAAGCGAGGGAACGUGGCGGGCGACAGCAAGGUCAAUCCGCCGAGCGGCGUCGCGUCCUUCAUCGGUCAGGUGGUCGUACUGAACCAUCCUGGGGAGAUCCACGCCGGUUACAGCCCGGUGACCGACUGCCACACGGCCCACGUCGCCUGCAAGUUUGCUGAGCUGCUGGAGAAGAUGGACCGGCGCAGCGGCAAGAAGCUGGAGGACAAUCCCAAAAUGAUCAAAUCCGGAGACGCUUCCCUCGUCCAGCUGGUUCCCUCCAAACCGAUGGUGGUGGAGAACUUCUCCGAGUUCGCCCCGCUGGGUCGUUUUGCGAUGCGGGACAUGAAGCAGACGGUGGCGGUCGGCGUGGUGAAGAGCAUCACGAAGGCAGAGGUGACAAAGUCGGCAGCAAAGAAGAAAUAAUGUCACAAAGUUUAGUGCAUCAGAGCUGUCAAUCAAACGUCAAUAAAAGUGAUCAGAUUGG